AUGGCUACAAAAGCAGCACCAGUGCGCACCCCAGCAAAGCCACCUGCUGGUCUUCCGAAUCAAACGUUAUAUUGUACCAAUCUACCAGACAAGCUUCGAAAACAUGACCUUCGACUCUCGCUAUAUACUCUGUUUUCCACCUACGGCACCAUUCUCGACAUUGUGGCUAUGAAAACCGAAAAGAUGCGCGGCCAGGCUCAUAUUGUCUUCAAAGAUGUUCAAGCAAGCACACAAGCUAUACGUGCGCUUCAGGGAUUUGAGUUCUUCGGCAAGCCAAUGAAAAUCGUUUAUGCCAAGGGAACAUCCGACGUUAUCGCCAGACUUCGUGGAACUUACAAUAUACCGGUAUCCGCUCCCGGCCAGACUUCUAAUGUGUCGACGGAUCUUCAGAAGUCGAUUUUUAGUGGGCCUCCGGGGUCAGCGGCGUUGCCGCCAAACCCCUCCCGUGAGCCCAAUGGCACAGCUCAAGGUAUUAAAAGACCUCGCGAAGAAGAAAGCGAUGGAGAAGCGCCAAUGGACGAGGAUAGUGAUGUACCGAUGGAAGCUUCAUCAGAUGAGGAUUAA